AUGGGUCACGAGUCGAGUGCCCAUCAUGGGGAGAACAUCGCUAUGGCCGGUCUCCCCACGAGCUACGCCAGUGCCUCUUCAAGCACCGAUGCCUCCAUGGUCGACAACUACACAGGCGGAAAGCCUGUCCGCCCUGUGGCCGGCGUGGACACCCCCAUCCCCCGCGUGACCGCUCGUUCGUUGGUGAUGGCGCUUUUUGUCUCCAUGGGCGGUCUGCUCUUUGGUUACGAUACUGGUCAAAUCUCAGGCUUCCAGGCUAUGAGCAACUAUCUGCGACGGUAUGGCGAAAUGACCGGAAAUGGUGAUUACAAAUUCAGCAAUACCCGGUCCGGACUGAUUGUCGGCUUGCUUUCCAUCGGUACUUUGAUCGGUGCACUGUGCGCCGCUCCUGUCGCAGACAAAUUGGGCCGGAAAUACUCUAUUACCGUGUGGUGCAUUGUGCUCAAUAUUGGCUUGAUUGUUCAGAUUUCCACACCAUAUGGCCACUGGUGGCAGAUGGUCGUCGGUCGUUGGGUCACUGGUCUGGGAGUUGGUGGUUGCUCCUUGCUCGUACCCAUGUACCAGGGUGAGAGUUCGCCUCGUCACAUCCGUGGAGCCAUGAUCUGCUGCUAUCAGCUCUUCGUCACCUUGGGUAUCUUUCUCGCCUACUGCAUCAACCUGGGUACACACACACUGCAUGGCACAGCUCAGUGGCGGAUCACUCUGGGCCUCACUUUCCUCUUUGCCCUCGUCCUGGGAGGUGGUAUGCUUUUCUUCCCCGAGAGCCCUCGCUACGACUUCCGCCAUGGCAAGGUUGAUCGUGCCCAGAGAACACUGGCCAAGUUGUACGGUGUGCCUGAAAACCACGUCCGUAUUCUGGAGGAACUCGAGGAGAUUCGUGAGCAAUUUGAGAUGGAGACGGAGCAGCAGGUCUGGCACGAGUUCAUCACCGCGCCCCGGAUGUUCUAUCGCAUUGCCUUGGGCAUGGCUCUUCAAAGUCUGCAGCAGCUGACCGGUGCCAACUACUUCUUCUAUUAUGGUACAACCAUUUUCCAAGGUGCCGGUAUCUCCGACAGCUUCGUCACCCAGGUGAUCCUUGGCGCCGUCAACUUUGGAACUACCUUCGGUGGUCUAUACGUCGUCGAAAACUUCGGUCGUCGCAAGUCUCUCAUGUUCGGUGCCGGGUGGAUGUUCAUCAUGUUCAUGAUCUUCGCCUCUCUGGGUCACUUUGCGCUCGAUGUCGCCCACCCCGAGAACACUCCAGGAGUGGGUAAGGGCAUGAUCGUUGUGACCUGCCUUUUCAUCGCCGCGUACGCCAUGACCUGGGGUCCCAUGGUUUGGGCCAUCGUUGCCGAGCUUUUCCCGUCCAAGUAUCGUGCCAAGGGUAUGGCUCUCGCCACAGCCUCCAACUGGGCAUGGAACUUCCUCAUCUCGUUCUUCACCCCUUUCAUCACCGGUGCGAUUGACUUUGCCUAUGGCUACGUCUUUGCUGGUUGUCUCCUUGUCGGCAUCUUUGUUAUUUACUUCUUUGUGAUCGAGGGCAAGGGCCGUACCCUUGAAGAGCUCGACUACAUGUACGUUCACAAGGUUGCUCCCUGGAAGAGCAGCAAGUACGAGUUCCCUCAGCAGAGCUCGGAGUGGCAACCUGCGGAGACUUCUACUGGUCGCAAGGAUCGAGAGAUGCAGCACGCCGAGAACGCAUAA